UGACUGUUUGUUCCAGCAGUUAGAACAACAAUGGCAAUUUGGAUAGAAUUUCUGAGGAGAAAUUGACAUUAGCCAUGUGACCGAGCGUGGUCUUCUGAUUGGAUCUCUUGACAUCCUUACCUUGUUAGUAAGGGGCUGUUUAAUUAGAAUAUGUAAAUUAGGUGCAGGAGUGAAACCUCCCUUCAUAGAUAACCGUAGGGUCAGGGAGGUCAUGGAUAGAGCCAGACUGGUCAAGACUGAGUGAUAAGGGUAAUUAGAUUCCCCAAGAUAACAUCUGCAUGCAAGUCUUAUCUGUGCCCAUUACAUUCAGACUGGGAAGUUGCUUUGAUAAGGUUUGUUUAUCUGAGAGACAGAGAACAUAAAGACUAGCAGGUGCUUUGAGUAUAUAUUUGCACAUGUGUGCAGUUGACAAGCGGACAUGAGAUGUCCUUUGAUACAGUUUAUUUAGCCUUGGCGUGACCUGUACUGGUCAGCAAGGAGGAGCAUAAAUCUCCAAAAGCUUCAAGUGAAGCCAUGCAGUGUGUUAAAUUGACUGUGUUUGGAUGACAGGCAGGCCCCAUAUCUGCUGUGUAAACCUGCCUAAUAUUUAAUAUUAGACUUUAAUUUGUCAUCACGGAAAGAUCGUGCUCAUUUGAAGUUGGCGGUGUCGGGAGGACAUAGUGCAGUUCACACUUCGAACUUGGCCAAAGCUACUACUGCAAUUUAGAAUAUGGACGACACAAGUAAGCAGCUGUUGGUGAAGGGACUGACUUCGUUCCCUAAGUACCUUCCUACAUGGUAUAAUUAUGAUGAGUUGGGAUCCGAACUUGAAGAUAAAUGUACAGUCGAUAAUACAGGCUAUUACUUAAGAAGAAGUCAGAUUUCUAUUCUGGAAACAUCAAUACAGAAAAUCAUUCCAUCCGUCCCAUACGAUUUUGCAUUGGUCGACCUUGGCAGCGGAAGCUGCUCCAAGACAAGAUAUUUUCUGGAUGAAAUGCUGCUAAGACAAAAAAGAUUAAUGUUCUACCCAGUAGAUAUAUCAGGAGAGUUUUUGAUGAAAACCGUAGAGCAGAUCUCGAAUGAAUAUGGAGAGAGAUUAUCGAUAACACCAGUUGCAGCAAAUUAUGAAAAUGGAAUUGAACAGCUAAGAUACGAGGACGGUCCAAAGGUUAUUCUGUGGUUUGGAAGUAUAAUAAACCUUUCUUACGAUGACCAAGUGGAUAAACUCAAGUUGAUAUCUAGUCUAAUGACAGAGAAAUGUCACCUGGUAUUCAGCGUUGACAUAACACAGGAUAAGAAGGCGGUGCUGAGAGCAUACAACGAUGAUGCAGGGCUUGAAAAAAAGUUUUUCCAAAACGGAAUCGUAAGAUUGAACAAAGAAGAAGAAAGUCAAAUACAUUUGGAUCAAUUCCAAUAUAAAGUCGAUUUCAUCUCGGAUUCCUCUCCAGAACACAUGAGUUAUUUCAGAGCGUAUCUGCAGGCCAAGGAACACCUUCGAUAUAAAAUACCUGGACUUAACUUGGAUAUUGAAUUUGAGAAAGGUGAACCUCUGUAUUUACACGAAGGUGUUGGUUUAAGUUGUAAAUAUACCAGAGAACAGAUACAGAACUUGACGGCGAGAGCAGGCCUCCUACUGACUGACACGUGGACGGACGAGAAACGACAUGCAAUGUUCUGUCGGUGUAAGGUAAUGGAUCCCGACCAGUCCGUCCAGCAACACGAGGAAUCGUCCAGUGUCUGAAGAAAGUGUAUCACAACAUACCAUUAAGCAGUGCCUCAAUGAACCUUUUUCUGGUUACUGAUAAACGGAAAACGAUAUGCAAGUUUCAGUUGUUUUAAAAGAGGAUUUUUUUUUUUAAUAUAACUUUGUAGAACAGACAUGGAUGAUUUUAUUUAUUACAAAAACGAUUGGAACUUCUAUCCUUCUAUAACAUGUAAGCGAAUUUUAUUUUUGUCUCCAACUUCCUGUUUUUUUUCAAAUAUAUAACUUCGUGUUUUCUUAAUUUCGUCUGUUGAUGGCAUCAAUGGAAACCAAUAUCGUCCUUUCUGUAAAUUUAAUACAAAAUCACGCAUGUAAAAAUUAGUGUGUAACUAAUUCGUGCACAGAUUAUUUCGUUGAUUAAGAGUGGUCGCGAAAAUGUUCGAAAAUGUAAUACCUUCCAAUACUAAUGAUUUUACCCACAUUCGUCGAAUCAACUACAAACAAUCCCUCCACGCGUAUUAUAUAUUAUUGAUCAGGAAUACCUGUUGAUGAUAUCAUUCGCAUCUUGUAUUUGGACGUGAAAAAGUUCAUGAUAAUAUUUCCUAUGAUUUAUGAAAUGAUAAUUAGCAAUCAGUACAGCACGAGACAACUAUAAUAUAGUACUAGUAAAACGUGGGCCUAAACCAAAUGUAGAUGUUUAUCAUUACAUGGGGACAAAUACCUGACUAUAUAUAUACCUUAUGCCUCAUAUUUUGGUAAAUUAGAGUCAUUCAAAUUAUGUAAAGUCAAUAAAACCAUGAAAACAUUUCAAACGUCUCGCACACAUUAAAGGUCAGACUGCUUUAGCGUUUCUUUAAUAGUUUUUCAUUUUUGUUCACAUUUGUAAAUUCAUCGAUAGAGCAUAACGCAAGCAUUGUUACACGUAAAGGUGGUUAGGACAUGAAAGGUCUCCUAAAUGACUUUAAAAUUAUUCCCAAUUAUAUUUAUGAGAUCGUAGAUCUGGAUUAUGAUUUGUUUCGAUGCAUUUUUUUUAAAAUCCGCGUCCCAACAAAAAAGCAAUAAUUAUAGAAACUUUCCCCAGAACAAAUGAUCAUGAGGUGAUGCUAUCGUGCAUACCAAAUAAAAUAGAAGAUAUUUUUCACAUCAACCAUUAAAGGUAACACACGUUACAAUAUGGAUAUGUACUGUCAAAAAGCGGAAUACUUGCGAAUAAAAUUUCUUCAGAAGGAAUGAUUUAUCAAACUCUCACACUUGUGUACUCUUAUAUACAUCAAUAUGUCCCCAUGUACUUAAACGCUUCUCGGAGUCGCAUAUGAACCCGGAAGUCAUCCAUCAACGUUAAUCAACUGGACUCCGCGGCGUUGAUUUACGCAUCAUAUAAAAAGAAUAUUUGGAAACGUUUUGCAGCGUUUUUCAGGUUAAAGGUUUUUAUUCAAGUUAUGCUGCUUGCGAGAGAUAAUGGAGAACAUACUGAAUUUCAUAAAAUAAUCCAGAAUCAUGCAAGCUUCAAAUAGUUUCAGGGAGAUGUGGUAGUAAAACGUAGACGGUCAUUACUAUCAAAACAUCCAUUUUGUUACAUUGUGUAUAUAAUCGGGCCACGUGCCUACAUUUAAUAGCUAUUAUCCGUAUUUGGGAGGGGAAAUAAACCAUCACCAAACACCUUUUAAGACGAGAUAUAUAUUAACUUACCAUAUGAAUAAUUCAAUUGUUUUUUUAAUUUGUUAUUUAUUUUCACGUUGAUUUAUCCAGCAGCUUUUGUAGUUUCGUAGAGUUGUUGUUAGGUAAUAUUACCAUAUGGAUACUUCUUAUACGUGUACGUUUUUAUGAGUGACAAUAAAAACAUAUGCACAAUAA